UGUACACGCUAGUGAAAUUAAACAAAGGUUAACGUAGCACCACCGACCCCAUAACCUUCAAUACACUAGUACAACUCAACCCCAUCUCCAUACACACACACCACGACUCUAUUCACCAAUAUUUUAUAGACCAGACCCUCUACACCACAGCAACCAUGUCCGACGACCCCUUCCUCCAAGUCCAAACCGAAGUCAUUAACACACUCCAAACAACGCGCCCCCUCUACUCCUCUUACCUCCGCAUCCGCUCGCUCACCACCUCCUCCAACAAUCCCGAACUCCUUCAAUCCCGCUCCGAGCUCGAAUCUACUCUCUCCGACCUGCGCGCCGACCUAGCCGACCUGACCGAAUCCGUGCGCGCCGUCGAAUUAGACCCGUACCGGUACGGCCUUGAUCUCGACGAGGUCGAGCGACGGCGGAAAUUUGUCGAGGAUGUUGGGAGGGAGGUUGACUCGAUGGCGGGGGAGGUCAGCAAAACACUAGAGCCGAGUACAGAUACAGGUGCAGGCGCAGGCGCGAGUGUAUUGCCCAACCCGGCAGAGUUUGAUACAGAUGGCGCAGAAAGGGGUGGCGGGGAGGGUGAUGACUAUUACGCGGCGUUCGAGCAGCAGCGGCAGGUCGAAAUGAUGGAGGCACAGAAUGAGCAGUUGGAUGGCGUGUAUCGGACCGUGGGGAAUCUACGACUGCAGGCGGAUACGAUGGGCAGGGAGCUGGAGGAUCAGGGCGUGUUGUUGGAAGACGUGGAUAAUCUUGCGGAUAGGGUGGGUGGGAAGUUGGCGGGGGGAUGAAGAGGAUUAGGACGAUUGUUAAGAGGAAUGAAGGUGAGUGCAGGACUUUCAUGAGUGAUGUUCGACUGGUGAAAUAUGUGGAAGGCAAACUAAUCGUGGUAUAAGAUACAUAUUCAUCCUGCUGUAUCGCAGUCCUCAUAUUCGUCCUGGUCCUCCUGUUGAUCCUGGUGAUCGCGCUGUGAGGUAAUAUACAAAAGAAAUC